AUGUCAGGAAGCCAGCCCCUGCGCGCCGUGGAGACGGUCCUCGCCAUCCCGGAGCUCCUGGAAUACAUAUUAGUGCAAGUCGAUAUGAGAACGCUCCUGGUCUCAGCGUCGCGGGUGAGCAAGACGUGGAAGGCCUUCAUAGACGGAUCGCCGGCCGUCCAGCAGGCUCUGUUCUUCAAGCCAGUCUCUAUGGAUGUCUCGCGGGCAGUGAUCCACGGUCUCGAGGACGGCGUUUUCCCGAGCAUACCGAGUCAGAGUGUCAUGCCAACCCACACAAGGGGUGCCAGCCUCAUCAACCCUCUCCUAGCAGAGAAGUUUGAUAAAUGCUUCUUCGACUUUGGGCCAACGUACUCCUGCCAGCGUCGGGCGAACUCGUUUUACGAGCUACCCUGGUCCAAGACCCCGAACCCGAUCCAGACGGUACAAGAGUAUUGGGGCGGUUGGAGCCAAGUCAAACCACCCGAGCUCGACGAAGAAGCAGCGCGAUCUCAAGACGAGACCCGGCGGCGGUUCACGCGCCGCGGCGCAAGUUGGCGCCGCAUGCUCAUCUCGCAACCCCCGCCGCCGUCUCUGGGAUACAUGCGCUUCGACGUCUGCAGUCUCGCGCUGGAAGAGCAGCAAGUCGCGAGUUCUCUGAUCCAGCCCUCGCCGUCUAGUCCCGGUAUUCAUACGCCGUUCAACGGUGUGCGGAUGGGAGAGCUCUACGACAUUGUCCAGCACGCGGUCGGGCACCACGGACGCCAUUCUCUCUGGUUCAGGGUUCUGUGGGGGAAGCCGACGACGCACUUUGCCUUUUCGCACGCCGAGGAUGUGUUUGAUAAGUUGAUGGCCCGAACCAGCGUUGUCGUGGAGCUGAUGCAUGCCGACGAUACCUCUCUUCCGAAUCACCCUCAGGACCCGUCGGAUGUGGGUAUGUUUGAUGCCGCUUUCAGGUGUGAGGAGCAUCGCGAGGUAAAGUUUGAGACGGAGCAGACGUGUGGAGAGGCUGUCGAGUUUCCUCACUUCCAUCCGCGGUAUGUCGUUUGGCAUUGGAAGUUGAUGGAAGUUGAGUAA